AUACCAUCCUCCACCAACUCUCUCACCCCUCAUUUCCUUCCCUCCCCCGUUCCCUAAAAUCGCCGCCAUGUUCUUGCCCGCUUCGAAUGGACUCAGAAACCCUAGCCUCAUUUUCCCGACCCCGCAGUCCCUCUCCGAUUGGCUCAUCCCCCGUUUGCCAUCGGACUCUUUCGCCUCUUGGGGCGUAAAGCCCGGCACCAAGAACGUCAUCAACCUCUGGAUUGAAAUCUCUGAGGGCGAAACCUCCUUGUCCGAUUCCGUGCCUCCGAUCCGGAUGCUGGAGGUCGUUGUUGUCCGGGUCAUUCGGAAAGACAACAAAGUCCUCGUCGAAUCGCACCAGGAGUUGUCCGACGGCAGUGUCAGAAGCCGAGGCCGACCCUUGUCCGAGAAAAUGAAACCUUGCGAGAGUGUAGAAGCUGCUGUUCUUCGUGCAAUUAGAGAAGAGUUAGGCCAGAUAGUUGGCCGAGGCUCUGAUUUCAAGGAGAUUGUGAGAAUACGACCCAAUUCAUAUGCAAAGAAGGUGGAGGAGAGGGUUUCGGUAUCAUACCCGGGGUUGCCGGCUCGCUAUGUCCUGCACACCAUUGAUGCCACAGUUGAAGGUCUCCCGGAAGGAGAUUUCUGGACGGAAGAGGUCGAAGAAUGCGAGGGUCUUGGCGAUAGAGGAGUUGCCGAGGGAGCUAUUACAUGCAAAAAACAUGUUUGGAAAUGGGUCGAUUCAUAUUCGGUUUGACUCUUUGCUGCUCCUUGAUGAGGGGUUGGUUGUGUACUCUUAGCAAUGUAUGAGUGCUCUUUAUUCUCUGAUAGCCUUAUAUGCAGCAAUGUAAGAAAUGCGAUUAUGCUCAAAUCUAUACAAUAUUUAUGAGUUCAAUAUCAACUAUCAAGAUAUCAUAGUUUCCAUCUGUACACAAUCCAGUGAGCUUUUUGAAAGAGUUUGCUAUAUUUGUUUGCUCAAGAGAAGGAUAUUGGACCUGUAACUUUGGAACACGCCCUGGAUAUGAGGUGAAAUCCAGUCAAUUUAGUAUGUUCCCAAAAUGUAACCUUAAGACACGUUCUGCUUGGGAUAUGCUGUGUGAUAUUUGCUAAGCUCUUGAAGGGAGAGUUGAGUGCGGAUCCAAAGCCAAGCCAUCAAUCUCAAUAAAACAGAUUGGAAGGUGUGAUGGAGGGAUUUGUGCAACGAGCCAGUCACAAAAGCGUUUUGUAGAAUUAGAAGCAAAACCAAACUCUUUCCUUACUCUUCCUCAUUUUCGGCCAUACCUCAAUUUAAUAUUCUAAUUUAUUUUGUCAUCUUUAAGUAUCAUAUAAUAACAACAAAAUAAAUAAGAUAUAUAUUU